CACCCAUCUGUAAUACAGAUCCCCGAGAGGUGAGUAGACGCAUCACCCAAGCAAGCAUCUUAAAUACCUCUUAUGAGUUCUCACUGAUCCCCUCCCUCUAGUUUGCUGCCGCGAUUUAUUCCUUGUCCUGUCCUCUGGUUGUUCCUCUCUGAAAACCUUGUGCUUACUUUGGGCUAACGGUCAUUCACCUCUAGGGCCUGCACAAGGGACUCUGACUACAGAGUCCCUGCCCUAGAGGGUCUGAGCAGGCAGAUUAUACUUGCCGGCCAUCCUACGUAAGCAAGGGCUAGCCUGAGCUGAUGAGAGUACCUCCAGUAGUUCAGAACAUUAGCGUAGUUGCGGCUGCAUUAGUGUAAUUCUAGCUUACAUAGAGUAGAAAUCCCAGUCAGCCUAAUGGACAACUCACUGAACUCUCACAAGGUAUUUCUUAGCGGACUCAAGGAGUCCCUCAGGACACGAGGUGUAAGGGUUAAAAGAAAAGAUCUUAGACAAUUUUUUUCCUUUAUUCAUGAGACUUGCCCUUGGUUUCCCCUCGAAGGCACUGUCGAUCAUAAACAAUGGAAGAGAGUUGGUGAUGCCCUCCAGGACUUUUAUCGGACCUUUGGCCCUGAAAAAGUUCCUGUUUCAUCAUUUUCUUACUGGAACCUUAUUCAUGACAUCCUUGAGGUUCAUUCUCAAGAUCCUGACAUUAAAGAUAUAAUCAAAACAGGAGAAAUAGCCCUUAAGGACAACUCCCGACCACCCUCUGCCUGUCCUUCAGUAGCCGUAGAUAUCCCUGAAGACCCCACCGUUCCUACUAAAGAAUCUCCUAAACUUCAACCUAAUAUAAAUUCUUCAGACACCCACGAUAAACCUGAUCCUCCUAAAAUCCCAAAUAUCUAUCCUUCACUCACGUCUUUAAGACACCAAACAGAUCAUUCAAACCUAAGAAAUGAAGAGCCCAUAGAGGAGCAAGCUGUCCAUUACUAUGAGCAUGAAGACCCCUGGCGCCUUAUGGCGCCAACCCUUCAUGGUGCCACUAAUAGAAGCUUCAGACCCCCUCCAUAUAAACCUAUUUCCCCUCAAUGUGUUCCUAUAUUUCAAAUCCCUGAUUUAGAGCCAUCUCACAACUUCCCCCUCUCAUCUGACCCCAUCCGACAAGCAAAAAUUUCUCUAACCAAAGAAGUCUCUUCACUUAAAGAAAUUUUGCAACAAAAACGUGAACAUGUUCAGCUCAUUAAAGAGAUUAAAGCCCUUGACACUGAACUAACAUCAUUAAAUCCCGUGCAAACUCCCUCACUCCCCAAAAACCCCAUAAAUAAAGUGAAACCUAAAAACCCAAUCCUAGCCUUCCCAGUCACUCGCGGUCGCCCACUCGCCCACGGCCGUCGCCCAGAAAACCCCCCAGAAGUCAGAGAAGAGAGGACGAGUAUGCCCCUGACUCCCAAGACCCAGAUAUUCCAGACCAAGAACAGAAUUCCGAGGGAGAGCCCUCAGACAAUGAAAGGUCUGGUAAUCAUAUAGAAAAUUCAGCUAAAGCCCAAAAAUAUCGCCGCCUUAACCUUAAACACCUAAAAGACUUAAAAACAGCUGUUACCAAUUAUGGCCCCACGGCUCCUUUUACAUUAGCCUUAAUUGAAAGCCUGAGCUAUCGAUGGCUAACUCCUAAUGACUGGCUUUCCCUAGCUCGAGCCACAUUGUCUGGAGGAGAAUAUGUUUUGUGGCGCAAUAGUGAAAGUAAAACUUCACACUCAUGGACAAGAGACAAACUGCUCGGGCGAAGCCUCUAUGAAACAAAUGAAGCCCAAGCAGCCUUCCCCCCAGGCCUUUUAGCUCAAGUCCAAAAUGCAGCCCCUAAGGCCUGGCUGCGCCUUCCUCCUAAAGGCUCCGCUACUACCUCCCUAGCAAAAAUCCGCCAAGGUCCUGACGAGCCUUAAAGCAACUUCAUUAGUCGCCUAACAGACGCUGCUGAGCGACUAGUUGGGGGGAGGAGAAACAGAAAGUGCCUUUGUUAAACACCUAGCUUAUGAAAAUGCUAACCCGACCUGUCAAGAAACCAUAAGACCUCACCGUUCCGGCAGUCUCUCCGAUUAUAUUAAACUUUGCUCAGGCAUAGGAACCUCUCACGCAAUCGAUUAGCCAUAGGAAUGGCACUAAAAGACAUUAAAAUAGAUAACAAUAAACAAAAAACUUGCUUUAAUUGCAAGCAACCAGGACACUUUGCCCGCCAGUGUCCGACAGGGACCCAGCCUCACCUGCCUCGCGCUCCCCCAAAAACUGCCCUCGAUGCUGGCGCGGUUUACAUUGGGCUAAAGACUGCCAUUCUAAGACAACUAUUGAAGGCAUACCCCUCCCACCGCUUCAGGGAAACUCCCAGAGGGGCCUGCCCCUGGCCCCAUCACCAAGCACGAACCAAGGGGCUAUCAGGUUCGUUCCCCAAGCCCAACAGCAGCGAAUCCUCCCUGCGCAGACAUCAGUUCUCCCUCCUGUGCCAUCCCAAGAAGCACAAGAUUGGACCUCUGUUCCGCCACCAACACAAUAUUAAUACCCGACCAAGGUAUCCAGCUGCUCCCCACAGAAACCUAUGGGCCUUUACCCUCCAGCACCUUUGGUCUAACUUUAGGACGAAAAAGCCCUGCAUUAGUUGGCCUCCAUAUUAUACCAGGAGUUGUUGAUAAUGAUUAUACAGGACAAAUCACUCUCCUAGCCUCUGCUCCAACAGGCCCAAUAUCCAUAUCUAAGGGAGAGCGAAUAGCCCAACUCCUGCUACUCCCAUUAGAGUCAACACAUAAAAGUUGUAAUACAAAUUCCAGAUCAAAUGCUGCCUUUGGCUCUUCUGAUGCCUAUUGGGUACAACAAAUCACCACUGAAAGGCCAUUGUUAACUCUACAAUUAGAUGGCAGAUCCUUUGAAGGAUUGGUUGAUAUAGGAGCAGAUGCUACAGUGAUAUCAGCCCAACAGUGGCCUCCUAGUUGGCCCUGUAAUACAUCUGUAACCCAUCUCAAAGGCAUUGGUCAAUCCACUAACCCCAAACAAAGUUCUAAGAUUUUAAUCUGGAAAGAUAAAGAAGGAAAUUCAGGACAAGUCCAACCUUAUAUAGUAGCUGGGUUACCCAUUAAUUUAUGGGGACGUGACGUUUUAUCUCAAUUGAAACUUGUCAUGGCUAGCCCAAAUGAUAUAAUCACCUGACAAAUGCUUAACCAAGGCUAUCUGCCCGGCCAGGGCCUAGGAAAAAAUAGCCAAGGUAUAAAAGAGCCUCUUACUGUUAUACCCAAGAAUGACCAUUUAGGAGUAGGGAAUAAAAAUUUUCCGUGAUGGCCAUUGACUUUCCUGUACCCCAUGCAGACAAAAUAAAAUGGAAGUCAGACUCUCCUAUCUGGGUAGAUCAAUGGCCAUUAACUCAAGAAAAACUUACAGCAGCCACAAAGUUAGUACAGGAACAAUUAGCUGCUGGACACUUAGGAUCCACCACCUCUCCUUGGAACACUCCUAUAUUUGUAAUUAAGAAAAAAUCAGCAACUUGGAGACUCCUCCAAGACCUCAGAGAAAUCAACAAAACCAUGUUCUCGAUGGGAGCCCUUCAACCCGGUCUCCCCUCUCCAAUAGCCAUCCCAGCUAAUUAUUUCAAGAUCAUUAUUGAUCUUAAAGAUUGUUUCUUUACCAUUCCACUCCAUCCCCAAGAUAGAGAAUGCUUUGCAUUUAGUAUUUCCAUCACCAAUUUUAAAGGGCCAAUGUAUCGCUACCAGUGGAAAGUACUCCCUCAAGGUAUGGCAAACAGCCCCACUCUGUGUCAAAAAUUUGUAGCCCAAGCUGUAGAUCCCCUCAGACCCCGGUGGCCUUCCAUCUAUAUCAUUCAUUAUAUGGAUGAUAUCCUCCUGGCUGGAGCAUCCAAUUCUGAAGUCUUAAAAUGUAGCCAAGAAUUGACCAUCGUCUUACCUUUUUCGGUCUCCAAAUUUCUCCAAACAAAAUUCAGUUAACAGAUCCCUAUUACUACCUUGGUUUUGAAUUAACUUGAAACAAAAUCACUACCCAGAAGAUCCAAUUAAAAACAUCACACUUACAAACACUGAAUGAUUUCCAAAAGUUCCUAGGAGACAUUAAUUGGCUCAGACCCUAUCUUAAAUUAACCACUGGAGAGUUAAAAACCUCUUUUUGAUAUACUACAAGGAGACCCCAAUACCUCAUCCCCUCAGAAACUGUCCACCAAGGGAAAAGAAACUUUAAACAUUGUUGAAACAGCUACACAACAACAACAAAUUACGUUCCUAUCCUAUGACAGGCCCUUUGCUCUUAUCAUCUGUAAUACGCCACAUACCCCUACUGGAGUUUUAUGGCAAAAUAAUCCUUUGUUAUGGAUCCAUUUGCCCUCCUCCCCAUCUAAAGUUCUUAUCACAUACCCCUCACUAGUUGCAAAGAUCAUAAAAAUAGGCAGAGAACAAAGCCGCCAGCAUUUUGGCAGAGACCCUGAUCAGCUUAUCAUUCCUUAUACAAAAGAACAAACAGAUUGGCUGUCUCAGAAUGUAGAUGACUGGAUUAUAUCCCUUGCUUCUUCCAAGGUAAAACCGAUAAUCACUAUCCCUCGCAUAAACUCCUUCAAUUCCACGACUACAUCCCUUUAUUUUCCCAAAGAUAACCUCAUCCACUCCUUUAGAAAAUGCCUCUCUAGUUUUUUCUGAUGGCUCCUCCUCUGGUAUUGUUGCCUCUGUUAUAAACUCACAGAGUUACAGUAUUCAAUCACCCUUCAAAUCAGCCCAACUUGUAGAAUUAUUUGCUAUCUUAGAAGUUUUUAAAAUGUUGAGCCAAAUCCCUUUUAAUCUGUAUACCGACAGUGCCUACAUAGCAUAUUCAGUUCCUAUUCUAGAAACAGUCCCUUAUAUUAAACCUUCUACCAACGCUGUUUCCAUCUUCCAACAACUCCAAACCUUUAUAUUACUCAGACAAGCCCCUUUCUAUAUCGGACAUCUGCGAGCCCACACUGACCUUCCUAGUUCCCUCUCCCAAGGCAAUGCCCUCGCAGACAAAAAUACCCGCUUCACAUAUUCCAUUACAACCGAUGCAGUCACCAAAGCUAGUCAAUACCAUGCUCUUCACCAUGUGAAUGCUCACACUCUUCGACUUUUAUUUAAACUCACCAGAGAACAAGCUAGGCAAAUUGUUAAAGACUGCCCGGGGUGUGUAACCUUACUGCCCCUCCCUCAUUUAGGAGUUAAUCCGAGAGGCCUACUCCCUAAUGAAAUCUGGCAAAUGGAUGUCACCCAUAUCCCUGAGUUUGGAACUCUUAAAUAUACUCACGUGACUAUUGAUACCUACAGUGGUUUUAUAUUUGCCACCCUCCACAGUGGCGAAGCCACCAAAAAUUUCAUAGCCCAUGUUCUCCAAUGCAUUAGUGUUAUUGGUAAACCUCAAAAUAUUAAAACAGAUAUGGACGUGGAUACACUUGACAAGCAUUUCAAAAUUUCUGCCAUCAAUUCCAAAUUUAGCAUAUCACAGGUAUUCCUUACAACCCCCAAGGACAAGGAAUAAUUGAAUGAGCCCAUCAGAUACUAAAGAAUACAAUUAAUAAGCUUAAAACCAACACUGUUUACCCAAUAAAAGGCUCUCCAAAAAACCUCCUUAAUCAUGCACUAUUCACGCUCAACUUCUUACAAUUAGACAACCACAACAAGUCUGCCGCUGACAGAUUGUGGCACCAAGAGACGAAAAACCAAUUUGCAGAAGUCUUAUGGAAAGAUCCUCUAACCUUUAAAUGGCAUGGUCCCAACCCAGUUCUUAUCUGGGGUAGAGGCCAUGCCUGUGUAUAUGAUACACAGGGAAAUGGACCUCGAUGGUUAUCUGAGCGCCUUGUCAAACCCAUUAAUACCCCUUUAAAACAUAUUCAAAAUAACCCAAUACAUUCCAGGGAGGAGAAUCCACCCUGAGAACAGUUUUUCCUUGCCUUUCAGGAUGUAGAUAAAUAUUCAUCAUCAUUGGACAAGAUGCAGUCGCCAACAAUCCUCGUUCUCCUGAUCACGACUACAGUUCUGAGUCAUCAGCCAGCACCACCACCCAUGAAGUCCCGGCAUUUCCCCUGGAACUACACCUGGAUAGUCCUGUCUGAAAGAGGAGACGUUGUUUGGUCCCGCUCUCAAACCUCACCAGACGUCUGGUGGCCAAACGUUUUACAGCCCGAUCUCUGUAAGCUAGCCCUCGGUGCAGGAGCCCCUUGGGGUGUAGAAGAUCUUUUUGACCAAAGUGCAACACCUCGUGCCCUUUGUGGGGGUUAGAUUCCCCUGGUUGCUCUGACCCAGAACGCCGGUCAGUUCUUAGGUCAUACUCCUUUUAUGUUUGCCCCAGGCAGCACCGGCCCCAUCACCUCCUUCAUAAAUGCGGAGGCAAGUCAGAUUAUUAUUGUGCAUCAUGGGGGUGUGAGACCACAGGAGACACUUAUUGGAAGCCCUCCUCUUCCUGGGAUUAUAUCACUGUCAAGGCCAAUUAUACCCACCACAGUACUUUUUGGUCAGACGAUGUGAUUCCAGGGUGCAAUCAGGAGAAUACUACUACUAGAGGUUGGUGCAAUCCUCUUUCAGUCAAAUUCACCGAACCAGGAAAAAAGGCCCCAGGCUGGACACAAGGAUAUACUUGGGGUCUUCGCUUAUAUAAAGACCAUUAUGAUGAAGGCAUCACCUUUACUAUUAAACUCCUAAAAGAGUUCCCUGCCACCCCUUCCGUCGCCAUAGGUCCAAAUACAGUCCUAGGUGGGAAGCACCCUCCCCCACCAAAGCCCUCCACCCUCUCACCUGACCAUAGCCUCACAACUAGUAGUCUUAAACCCUCCUCCACACCACCAGUGCCCGCUUUAGCGAGUUCUAAAGACCUUGUCUUCACCCUCAUAAAUCAAACCUUCCUUAGUAUUAAUUCCAUCACCCCUGAGCUUACCGCCGAAUGUUGGUUAUGUUACCACUCUUCUGCCCCCUUUUAUGAAGGAGCUGCCAUCCCUGGCAAUUUCUCCACCUCCAAUGAUACAACUGCCGUUGGGAACACGCUAGUUGGGAAGGCCUAACCUUGGCCCAGGUAGUCAGUAACGGGACUUGUAUAACUAACACUGCAAAAAAUCCCUCGUGGGUAUGCCCACCUUUGUCAAGAAAUCUCUAUUGAACAGGGACCCCAAUAUAUUGUUCCCCCCAAUGACACCUGGUGGGCCUGCUUAGAUGGACUCACCCCGUGUGUCUACAACCCAGUAUUACAAGGACAUGGCUUUUGUGUUCUCGUUAAAGUUAUACCCAGGCUUAUUUACUACCGGUCUGACGAGUUCUUCCAUAUCUGGGAACAAUCUUCAGACCCUUCCCUCCCUAAAUGCUCCCGCCGAGAACCCAUUACUGCUGUUACUAUUGCUGUUUUGCUUGGCUUAGGGGCUGUAGGUGCCGGUAUGGGCAUCUCUUCCUUAGUUCUUUCUAACUCGCUAUCACGAACUCAGUGCCACUAUAAACCAAGAUAUCCAAGAAUUGCAAAAGGAAUCUCUGACCUGACAGAUUCGAUCUCGUCCCUCGCUGAAGUAGUUCUCCAAAACCGCAGAGGGCUAGAUCUGCUCUUUCUGCAGCAGGGCGGGCUUUGCGCCACCCUAAAAGAAGAGUGUUGUUUCUAUGCUGACAAAACGGGUUGUUAGAGAUAGUAUGAGAAGGGUCAGAGAAGGGUUAGAGAAAAGAAGAAUAGAAAGAGAGCAGAGUGAAAGUUGGUAUAAAAAUUGGUUCUCUACCUCGCCGUGGCUCACUACUCUUUUGCCCUCUCUCUUAGGCCCCCUUAUAGGAUUAAUAUUGCUCUUGUCUUUUGGCCCUUGGGCUCUCAAACAUUUAACAAACUUCAUAAAAAAGCAAAUUGACACUCUCGUCAGCAAACCCAUUCAAGUCCACUACCAGAGGCUCGCCUGUAACGAUGACGAUCAAGAGGCCUCCUCCUCCUUCUUUCAGCGACCAUAGAAGUGACGAUAGCCAAAGCCAAAAACGUUUGGUGCUGCCACCCAAACCUGUGCUUUGCAAAGCCUUCGUCACCCCAGUCGAGGCUAGUAGUCAGUGACGGGUAAGACAUGGUCGCACACCAUCCCAUCAUGCUCGGCCACCACAAGGCUGCGACAACGUGCGCAGACUACUACCAACCUAAGACAGGGCACAGCCGCCAUGAGGGCUGUGACCCCAUGAUGGGUAAGGAGUAGUCCCUGACCAUGCAACCUAAGACAGGCAUAGUCCUCGACCCAGCCACACCAGCUGGCCCCUUCUUUUAUAAAGGAAGAGGAGGAGAUGUGGGAAGCUGAAGACAGGAUAGAGCCAAGUGAUAAAUUAAAGACCCUGCAACAAAACCCAGCCUUAAGACAACAGCAACUAGAUGGGUAGUCAAUGACGGGUAUAUGCCUACAGGACAAAUAUAAGACCUCUGGUUAAAAGGGCCGAUCUAAUACUGGGGCAAGCUCCUAUAUAGGCCGAUCCAGUAUUAGGGCAAGAUCCCCUGAAUAUACGAGGCUGACUCCGAGAGGAGACAAGCUCCUGGAUACAGAGGCCAGGUAUAAGACCUCUAAACCUAAGACAGGCAACGUCUACCCAAGAAAAGGUGGCUCAAAGCACCCUAAGUGCCGCUCCAACCCCUCCUAAAAGAAUAGAAAGGGAGGAGAUGCCGGAGACCAAAAGGCCCCCACCCACAAAAUGGCGAAUUUCCUGCUUCUCUUCCGGGUCCUUUGCUCCCGCCGGUGCCAACCAAGGCCCAAUCACCCCUCUACACCUUCCCACCAGCACCAUCUGAAAGCCAAUUGUUUGUUGACCCGCCCCUUCCUUCCUAACCUGUAUAAAUUGAGUCUGUAAACAAUAAACUGUGCCAGCUUGAUCAGACAUCCUGUGUCCCUUGCUUGUUUCAUUUCUGCAGGUGUCUCCGGCUAUGCCCCAUGUUCGUCCCGCGGGUCGGGACACUACCUUGAGCGUUUGUGAAGCUUAUUCGUCGGCUUCGUGAAUAAGAACCCCGGCAUAAUUCCCAGACAGCAAACCAGCUCUCCUUAGCUCCUCUGGCUAGGGAGAAGCAUUCACCUGAUAACAAAAAAAGGGAAGACCUUUGGAGGGAAGCAAACAGAGAAAAGCUCCAGACUAGACCCCAGACCUGCUGAAGAU